AUGAAAUUCAUGAGACCUGAAAGUUUGAGUCCUAGGGCAGAAAUUCCAGCAAUUUCUGCACCUCCAUUUCAACUCCACUGUCCUUCAAUGACAAGGUCACCAUUGCUAGAUCACAUAGCUCCCAAAACUCCGAAAACACCCAAAAGUCCUUUAGCUUCGCGUCUAAUGAGUACUCCUAUAUCCAGCCCCAUGAAGAAGGCAAUUGCAAGCAUGCAAUGUUGCUUGGAAGAGGUUGGCCACUUCACCAAGCUUGAUCCCCAGGAGGCAUGGCUUCCAAUAACCGAGUCUAGAAAUGGUAACGCAUACUACUCGGCAUUUCACACUUUGAGCUCAGGAAUUGGAGUUCAAGCCCUUGUUCUCCCGCUUGCUUUCACCACUCUUAGCUGGACUUGGGGAAUUCUAUGUCUAUCUUUAGUUUUCAUGUGGCAGCUAUACACCCUAUGGCUAUUGAUUCAGCUACACGAAUCAGAAUCCGGGAUGCGCUAUAGCAGAUAUCUCCGAUUAUCAAUGGCUGCUUUUGGUGAAAAGCUGGGGAAGCUUGCUGCCCUCUUCCCAAUCAUGUAUCUGUCAGGUGGAACCUGUGUGACCCUGAUUAUGAUAGGUGGUGGAACCAUGAAGAUAUUUUUCCAUAUUGUCUGCGGAGACGCAUGCAGCAUGAGGCCAUUAACGACAAUAGAGUGGUACCUCUUGUUCACUUGUUUGGCAAUUGCUCUAGCUCAGCUCCCCAACUUGAAUUCUAUAGCUGGAGUUUCCCUGAUCGGAGCGAUCACAGCUAUUAGCUACUGUACACUGAUAUGGGCAGUGUCCAUUAGUAAAGGAAGGCCUGAGGGGGUGUCCUAUGACCCUCCAGAGGCAAAAUCUGAUAUGGCUAGAAUUUGUGGCAUUCUAAAUGCAUUUGGGAUAAUCGCCUUUGCUUUCAGAGGUCACAAUCUUGUGCUUGAAAUACAGGGGACCAUGCCUUCGAGUGCAAAGCAACCAUCCCGUAAGCCAAUGUGGAGAGGAGUAAAGCUGGCAUAUGUAAUCAUUGCUAUGUGUUUGUUUCCUCUUGCAAUAGGGGGCUAUUGGGCUUAUGGUAACUUGAUGCCAAACGGAGGGAUGCUCAAUGCUCUACAGGAAUAUCACGGACGUAACACAUCUAAGUGGCUGUUAGGAUUAACAAGCCUAUUGGUUGUGAUUAGCUGCCUCAGCUCGUUUCAGAUAUAUGCAAUGCCAGUAUUUGACAAUUUGGAGAUUAGAUAUACGAGCAAAAUGAAGAAACCAUGUCCACUGUGGUUGCGAACAGUGUUCAGGAUCUUCUUUGGAUGCUUGGCAUUCUUCAUAUCUGUGGCACUUCCUUUCUUGAAUAGUUUGGCAGGAUUGAUUGGAGGGGUUGCACUUCCAAUUACCUUAGCAUAUCCAUGUUUCAUGUGGAUACUGAUUAAAAAACCCACAAGAUAUAGUGCAAUCUGGUGCCUGAAUUGGAUGCUGGGAGUCUUGGGGAUGGUGCUUAGCCUACUGGUGAUAGCUGGAGCAAUAUGGACUAUUGUGACCAUGGGAAUUGAAAUUAACUUCUUCAAGCCCCGGUGA